CUCCGAUGUGCCUGCUGUGUUAGGAGGUGAGAAGAUCAGGCCGCAGCAGGAGUGAGCUACCUUCUACUUCUUCUUCUUCUUCUUCUUCCUCCGCCUUCUCUUUCCUUCUGCUUCCAUCUCCUCCACCAGCUGCGUCUCCUUCUUCCUCCUCUUCCUCCUCCUCUUCCUGAACCUCCUCCUUCUCUCCCUCGCUCACCCACUGCCUCAUUCGUACAACGACGUUGCUGCAGUCCCUGCCUGACUUCUGACACGUUUCCGGUCGGCGCUGCGGAUUCCUAACGCCUUCCCGGUUUCCGUUCGAACGACAGGACACGACAUAACUUACAUUGGGCAAGAAACCUUCCGGGUCCUCCGGCAUACGUCACCAGUACAUGGAGUGACAGGAAAGAAGGAUACACGCGACGGAACGCCGUGUACGGCCAAUUCCAAUUGUAUUCCAUAUCACAUCAUUUCUAUUUGACUACCCUGCGACAGCCUGGUGAAAACACGGUAUCCAAGCACGCGCAACCACGAACAGCUGCCUACGGUCCCCUGACGCAGUCAGAACAGAGACUUCGACUCCGACUUCAUCAUGGUGUUUCCCGUCGACUCCAUUCCAGCCGUCUAUCACGAGGAGCGUGAGGCGGCAGACUCGGCCAAGCGACAUGCGCACAUCCAACAGCAGAAGGCCAAGGUGCACGCUGCACAGGUUGCUGCUGCACUGAAGGCACCAGCGGCAGAGCAGGCCAAGCCGUCGGCGGAUACCCCGCCGCAGCGACCACAGUUGACUCGCCCUGUCUCCUCCACCGUUUUCGGCAAUAUCUAUCAGGGUUUUGCUCGCUCGUCGCAGAGCACGCCACAACCACGCAGCAUUGCUAGCGGCAGUUCCACUCCCGUCACCACGCCUCCAGCCAAGGUCGUCACCCAGGCGGAGCUCGAGCGCGACAUGGCGCGAGCUCAGAAGUUGGCGGAUCGGAGGCAGGGCGCCGACAUCGUCGGGCCGGGAUGGUGGUGAAAACCAGCUAGAGAUCGCUGCGAGCGACUGAGGUCUAUGAUAUUACGGUGUUAUGAGUUACGACCAAAAACACUUUCUGCGCUGAGCAUGGCGUUAGUGAGAGAGCGAAAACGCAAGCGGAGUCUUGAGAUGGAGCGAGGAUUAUAUUAUCGUUACCUUAUCGGAUAUUAAGCUAGGGGAGGGCAAAAUGGGAGGGUUAGCGUCGGCGCAACAAGUCUGUAUACUACCUGUAUGGGGGUAAGAAAUCAUGCAACAAUGCAUUAAUCACAAUGGAAUGUUAACGUCCUCCACAUUCCACAUCCAUGUGCACGGGUCGUUCCCAACAGGUAAGCUCCGAUCGAAAUCGUCCGCUUUGUGGUCGCGCAGCUGCUUCGGGAUAGAGGCCCAAUGGGCUCGGUGUGUAUGGCCGCGUCGUGCGGGCCUGCACAAUCGCUCACGCAGCAUGUCGAACUUCUAUGUCGCUGGGCUGAGUGUCCCAGAGGAUGCUCCAAUAGAAGAAUCGGCCAACACUCGUGGGCCCUUGGGUGCACCUGAGAUGCCCAAUUAUGGUCUGCCAUCGCACAAGGAGCCUCGCCACUUACCGGGCCACCAUCGAGACGCUACAGCCUUGACGUUGAGCGACAACUACAAGUCCAAAGAGCCCGUCGGGAUCGGCGUUGAGCCACUGAAUAUCAUCAUUCUGGGGACGUCGUUCGCGGGCCUGUCGUGCGCACAUCACUUCUUGGACCACACCAUUGACCGUCUUUGCACCACAACACAAGCGAGCUAUCGCUUGAUCGUGAUUGGGCCCUCGACGCAUCUGUAUUGGAACAUUGCUGCACCUCGGGCACUGGUGCCUUCAGGACUGGU